UCCGGCGAACUUCUCCGUCUCCGUCUCCGGCGAUAUAAGACUUAAAAACAAAGCAUGGCAGAGCAAAUCCUCAACUUGGGAGUCCUCAUAGAUGUUGUGGAUGAAGAAUGGAUGCGAGAUACCCUGCCCGCUGAUGAUCUCCCGUUACCACCCGUACUACUUCCUAAGACUGAUGACAAUGAAGACUCAAAUCAAGAGGCUCCACAAGUUGAUGGAGAUGCAUGGCACGACCUUGCAUUGGAAAAUCAUCGACAUUAAAAUGAUCAAGCUUGUGGUUUGAUUUGCAACCAUUAUCAUCAUAUGUAUUGUUGGUCAUGUACUUGUACGAAAACUAAGUUCAACCGUUCUAUCUCUUGAUAUAUUAUGUUGGUUAGUAGGUAUGAGUGCAUUGCGUGGUGUGUGGCAUUUCAUGGAGUUCAAACCUUUCUACAUACAAAAACCCGGAAUUUAAGUGGAGAAAGUUUGGAGGAUUGGACCCAUUAUUCAUCGAGUUUUGAACUCUGUGCCACUACUGAUGUUGUACCUUGUAUUUCUGCAAGAGUUUGUUUGAAAUAUAAUGAGAUUUACUAUUAUAUGUCAUCCACCAAGCUAGUUGGUCAAA